AUGUCUUGGCAAGCCUACGUUGACUCCAGCCUUGUUGGCAGCGGCCAUAUCGACAAGGCCGCCAUCAUCAGCGCUGCUGGCGACAGCACUUGGGCCUCCUCGGCCGGUUUCACCGUGUCUCCCGAGGAGAUGAAGAGCAUCGUCAACAUCCUCGGCGCCACCGGUGACGCCGUCGACAAGGCACACGCCGAGGGCGUCCACGUCGCGGGCGAGCGGUUCGUCGUCACCAAGAUCGAGGACCGGAGUAUCUACGCACGACAGGGCCGUACCGGCAUCGCCGUCGUCAAGACUAAGCAGGCUAUUCUGGUCGGCCACUACGGCGAGGGCACACAGGCCGGCAACGCGGUACAGACGGUCGAGGCUCUGGCGGACUACCUGAUCAAGGUCGGCUACUGA